GGAAGUGACUUCACACUUGAGGCAGAAGCAGUUUGGGAAUGUGGGAUCGAGUCUCUUUCGAAAAUGAGGGCAUCUAAAGCGAAGAAGCUCCGCUCAGGCAAAGAAAAAGUUGGUGAGGGGGAUACUGUUGCGGUAUCAAAUGAAGAUUAUAUUGUGGGGCAAGUGGCCAACAGUUUGUUUCCAAAAAACCCUGCUGUAUGUGGCACAGAUCACUUGGUACAACUUUUCAGUGCUCCGGGGACGGAAAAGCAGCCAUUGUAUGUUGCUAUACCAAGGGAGAAUAAGAAGCGCAAGCAUGCAGAAAACGAAAUUGCCACAGAAAUUCAAAACUCUACUGAAACAGAACCUUUGAAAGGCAUGAAGAAAGCUAAAAAGAAACUCAUCUCUCCAGCUGAGACAAGAUUAGCUAGCAGGGAGUAUGCUUUGGAUCAAACAGAUGAAGAUGAAAUGAAAAAAGAGAAACAAAUCAAACAAAAAUUGGCUUCUAAGCAUCUCUCAGCUUCAGAUGCUGAUGCUGGAAUAAAGCAGAAGAAAAUGCAAAUCAAUCCUGCUAAGGAAAUGCUAAAGAAUAAGAGGACUCUCUUUGUGGGGAAUUUACCUAUUAGUUGUACAGCGCAGAUGCUAAAGUUAUUUUUCAAAGAACAUGGACAAAUUGAAUCAGUUCGCUUCCGCUCUUUGAUUCCAGCAGAAGAUACAUUAUCCAAAAAAUUGGCAGCUAUAAAGCGAAAGGUGCAUCCUAAUAGAAAGUACAUUAAUGCUUAUGUUGUCUUCAAGGAAGAAUGUGCAGCUGUUAAUGCCUUAAGACGUAAUGGAACAGAAUUUGCUGAUGGAUUCCACAUCAGAGUUGACCUUGCUUCAGAAUCCAGUUCUCACGAUAAUAAGAGGUCUGUAUUUGUAGGAAAUCUCCCCUAUGAAAUUGAUGAUGAUACUGUAAGAGACCAUUUCUCUCAAUGUGGAACUGUAAUGGGUGUGCGAAUUGUGAGAGAUCGGAACACUGGCAUUGGCAAAGGAUUUGGUUAUGUUCUGUUUGAGAAUACAGAUGCUGUGCACCUUGCUCUGAAGCUAAACAAUUUUGAGCUAAAAGGAAGAAAGCUCAGAGUGAAACGCUGUAUCGAAAGAGAAAAAGCACAACAGAAAAGCUCAGACAAGAAUGUAAAGAAUUUUGUCAGCUUUAAAAACAAAAAAGCUCCGUUCUUGAACAAUGCAAAGAAGUGUUCCAGUGAUUCUUUUGUUGGUGAAAAAGCAGCUCCAGUGAAAAAGAGCAAAAAACCAAGAUCAGCAAACAUUGCAAAGAAAAAAUUUAAAAAGCACAAAUGAAAUUGUUACACUGCAGAUUUCAAAGUAUAUGUUUUAAAUAAAAUGCAUUUCAUAGGCAUUCUGUUCAAAUUCUUA